AUGAAAGUCGAAGGAGAGAAGAAAUAUGCACUGUUAUUAGCAGCUAAGGAUUCUGAUUAUGUGGAAAAAGUAUAUGGAGGAUAUUACAAUGUGUUUGUUGAAGCUUAUGGAGAAGAAGGAGAGAAAUGGGAUUUGUUCAGAGUUGUUGAUAAUGAAUUUCCAGACAUGGCUGAACUCCAUAAUUAUGAAGGUUUUGUAGUUAGUGGAAGUCCUUAUGAUGCUUAUGGGAAUGACAAUUGGAUUCUUAAGCUUUGUCUUCUCUUACAAACUUUAUAUUUCAUGCAAAAGAAAGUUCUUGGCAUCUGCUUUGGCCACCAG